AUGGCCACCGAACAUAUCGCACCCCCUCCGCCUCCGGCGCCAGCGCAACCGGUCCAGUCGCCGGCCCUCUCGCGCCCGGACCAUCGUAACUCAUUAACUGCGCCGCCGCCCCCACCUCCACCUCACGCACAUCCUCACGCCCACGCCCACGCUCAUCUUCAUCCAUCUGCGCCGCCACCUUCUUCUGUGCCCUAUGGCCCAUCCCUGGAUCCCGCCAUUAAGCACUUACUCGACCAACAAGCCGAGAUCCAGGCCAAGCUGGCCGCUCUUCUUCCUCAGAAAUAUGGACCCAACAUCAAGGUGGAGCUUGACAUGUUGCGCCAUAAGUACCGUGUCCUGCGCGCAUAUGCCGACGAGAAUCUAUUGUCUGACAAGAUUCCCGUCUUGUCUGACAUCGAGGAAGCGAGAUCACUUCAGUAUCAGUGCGAAUGUAUCGAAAGUGCAUGUCUUGAGCACGGCGUCGAUCUCGGUGACCCCAGAUUCGUUGACGUGCUCAAGUACGCGUUCUAUCGCGACCAAGCACCGGAAGGGUAUGCCGCUUGGCUAGACAGGAAUUUGUCACAUCACGAUCCCGUCUGCAAAGCCGUUCGGUUGCGCGACAGCUUGCCACUGGCUUUCCGUCAACACCACUCCCACAAGUGCUGGGAUGAACGUUGCACACAUUACAUCUACGGAUAUCCUCAUCCAGAUGACCGGGACCAGCAUGUUAAAGAGCACGCGGCCGUGUACAAGAGGGACUCAGGUCUCUCCUUCGGUGGCACCCCGCCCAUGAUCUUCCCUGAGCCGUUGAGUGCGAGCUAUAAUGGAGAAUAUCACAAGCCACCCUCUUCAUAUCACCACCUCCCUCGUCCUAACUCGGGUCUCCAGCUUGCCCCCCUGGCAACGAGUAGCCAACCAAAGGAUCACCGCGAAGCCCUUAAGAGCUAUUCUUUUGUUCCGGAGAAGCCUCCUGGACCUCCCAGAGGCUCGGUCGACUCCGAGGUUGACCCGUUACUUCCGCCCCUGAAGCGUAGCCGAGUAGGCCAGCCACGAUUGGAGUCCAUAGGAGAGCUUCGACUUCUGAGGGAAAAUGGGCCCUGUCUACGGUGUAGAACGAUGAAGAAGAGCUGCGAUUCCAAUGAUCCCUGUGCGUUCUGCCCCGACAUCGCAAGCUCUCCGAAUAAUGAUUUCUGGGGAGCCCUUGGGUGUUUUCGAGGAUCACUGAGCAAUCUCACCGACAUUAUGCUUCCAGCCUAUCUGUCACCCAGACAGAUGCAGACGCCCAUGACUUCUCCUCUUGCUAUUCGCCGCAGCAUGAACGAAUUCUUGGACAGAGGUUACGCUGUUGGCCCAGAUGUCACCAGCAUGGUAAAGGCUCAUUUGGAUUUCAAUGAUCGCUUUUGGUGGACAGACGACCUCUCGAACCUGCCGCUCGCCAAUCCAACACUCGCUUCGUUCUCUCAGGAACCCGUUGAACGGUCACCCCCUGUUCUAAACGUUCUCGCCUCUAGUUGGAACCUGAAUGGGACCAUGUACAACUUUUGGAAACUGCUACACUUGAGCGGCUCGAUCUCAGACGGACGGAUGCACGAAGUGACGACCUACCCUGUCCUAUAUCGCGCCAAGCUUCUGCUUCGUGAAACGCUUUUCUACGACUUCCAGCAGCCGGAACCCGCAAUUCACGGAGAGAUGACGAGCCCCGGAAGCCAUGUGGUCUUCGACGAUGUGGACACGUGCGGUCGCUUCCGUGUGUUAUACAACUGCAUGACACAAUUUCUCCAGGCCUUUGAAGCCCAGACAAUGCGACCUACAAUACCGGAUCCCCGGAGCUGGCUCGCCAUUUUCUACUCACUAUGCAUAUUCAGUGUAGUGAGGACUUUGUUGGUGGACCGAAUGGCGCAAUCACGGAUAACUUCCCCUUCUCAGCAAGGCGUUCCUGCCAUGCAUGCCGUGUACAAAGCGCUGGUGAGCAUAUUUACUUGGUCCGCGCCUAUGCUGCUUGACGGGUCUGACAUUGAGAUGAGUCAUGGUGACCGCGAGCUAUUGACUUCCGCAGCCACUGUAUUGGAAAGGGGCACGUGGGCUGAACGGGGUAUCGCAACCACCAAGGACUUUCUGAUGUAUCUUGGUAGUGGGGAGAUAGAAGGAUCUUAUUUCAAUGGGUUCCUGAAGCAGAGAUCACCAGCAAAGCCGGGGUCAUUUCUUCUGCCUCCCAUUACAAGAUCGGGGGAAGAUGCCAGAAAGCCACUGCCAGAUACACGAUCGAUUGCCAAUCCAUGGCAUUCCAGGAUAUCAACCCAACCAGAGAAGGAGCCUUUUUCUUACAAUGUUUUCACAGGAGAGUCAGAUCGGAUCCUGACUUCUCCUCAAGUGAUGGAGGCGGGAAGGCGGCAUACUGUUGCUGAAAGCCCAACAUACAUGAGAGCAGGUGGCCGAGGCCCAACGUCACCCAUUGCUGCUGCAAGAAUUAGAUCGUCAUACCAGCGGCCACCGUUACGAAGAGUAUACUGUACGAAGUGCAACGAAUAUCCAGAGGGGUUCCGAGGCGAGCAUGAACUUCGGAGGCACAACGAUUCGAAACACGCUGCAUUGGUUAAGAGGUGGGUAUGCACGGAACCGCACGAGCCAGGCUCCCCGUUACCCGUCGUUCCGUUGGCAAAGUGUAAGGCAUGCGUAACACAGAAACGAUAUGGAGCCUACUACAAUGCCGCUGCACAUCUGAGGAGAGCGCAUUUCAACCCUCAUCGAGGGGGCAAAGCAAGCGGAGACUGGCCGCCCAUGGCGAUUCUCAAGGACUGGAUGCGUGAGGUUCGGCAGUCCAUCGAUAUUCAGGAUCAGGAUGACGCCUCAAGUGGUGAAGAUGAGACACAAGACUUCAAGUCGAUGCAUGACUUUAUGUCACCGACUGAACAACAUGCUCCAGUGUUGGAAAUACCACGUCUUGCCCCAGCUCCUCCAUCACAACCACACCAUGGUCCGCCGUUAUUAAUGCCUUCAAUUGACAGGCUUGGCGCUACUGGGCCGCCGCAACUCAUAAUGCAAGGCGGCCAGGGAGUUUUCCUUGCUCCCAACCCGGGGUUGAAAGCCGAUGAGUCAUCACAUCCGCCCAGCGCGACCUCAUCUGCUCGAAACCGUUGUCCUAUUCCUGAAUGCGGCCGAGUGUUUAAGGAUCUCACGGCGCAUAUGCUCACACACAUGGAAGAAAGACCCGAGAAGUGCCCUAUAGAGUCCUGCGAGUACCACAUCAAGGGAUUUGCCAGAAAGUAUGACAAAAACAGACAUGCGCUGACGCAUUACAAGGGCACCAUGGUAUGCCCCUUUUGUCCUGGAGCUGGGACGGCAUAUGAGAAGGCUUUCAACCGGGCCGAUGUGUUCAAACGCCACUUGACCGCCGUGCACAACGUUGAACAGACACCACCAAAUAGUAGAAAGUUAAUACUGACCACCGGGGGGCGGUCCGGUGGGGUUGGCGCCAGAUGUAGCAUCUGCCAAAGUCAGUUUCCUACCGCGCAAGAAUUCUACGAGCAUUUGGACGAUUGCGUUUUGAAUGUCAUCGUCCCGUCCACGCCAAAGACGGCGGGCAGCAGCAGCGCAACCACCAGGAAGGACUCUUUAGCCACAAAGACACCCACCACUGCAAGCACCGACAAGGGAAAAGAGCUCGAUAUUGAGCUUGAGAUUAAUCGGCGCCGAGACGCCAGGGACGCACAAAAUCUCAAGCUAGUCGCCGACUCCGUGUUGGAGAAUGAAGCAAUGCUUGCCAGUAUUGGCAGGGACGCGCCUGAGCAAGAGAUUACUGGAUCAGAAAUCCAAGCACCUCUCCCACAGCCACCAUCAGAGGCAUAUCUGCCCCCUUCUUCGUCAUAUUUACCUAGACAGGCAUCUGCAACCGAGCCAACAUCGGAGAAUCAAAUUGUCCCGUCGAAGGUCCAAGAAGAAAGGAUCGACAAGGAAAUGGGUGAUGCUGAUGGGAACCUAUCCAAGGAGCCGCAGUCGACUGGAACACCUUUAGCUGCUACGAGCUACGUGGAAGCGAUGAGGCUGCGUCGCAGCCCGGAGGUGACACUAGGCUCACCACUGCCAACGGAUGAGAUGAAGACGGAUUAGAUGGGAAGAACAAGAAGAACUUGAGAGUGGAUGCACGAUGUCGAUGUAUGGAUCUUGAUAUGCGGUUGAUGAUUUAAGUGAUUAAUGAUGUAAUGGGUUCCUUUUCAUGUCAUAUUGCUCCCCUCUUCUACUUUCUUACUACUUAUAUACGACGGCCUAAAUACCUGUGUCAUGCCACUUCCUCUGUUUUCUUAUGGGGUUUUGCUGCUGGUCUAAACCCAAAUGGCAGUGGUAUGCAUGCGAUUACUGGGUACACGCGUACAUUUUCGAGCUUAGGGACAUUAUCAUCUUGCCGGUUACGGACUGAGAGCCUAGAAACAUACACGACGAGUGGGUUGAGAGAGAUUUCUAGGUGAUUGGUAGGCUUCGCGUGCGGAAAUCAGCAAAGCAAGCAGCCUUGGGUGUGCAAUUUUAUCUACCUUAUGAACCGAC